AUGACACACUCGCCUGGCCGUCGAUGCACCUCGCUGCUGGCGAGCGCGGCCUCGAGCCAAACGGGGGAAGAAGUUUAUAAAAGUCCAGAGGGAGAAGUUUCACCGCCGCGCGAUGAUGGACUUACACGACAAAAAAAAAAAGAUGUUGCAGUUAUGAUCGGGUCUGUCCACGCUGCUGAAAACAGCGGGCAGGAUCCUCGCAGUGAUUGGAGUGAAGUGUUUACAGGUGAGCACGGGUCAGGACUCGCUGCAGGAUCCGCUCAGCGCCGCCGUGAGCUGAAUGCGCCGCUGAUGGUCCUGCGAUAA